AUGCGUUGCGUAACAUCGCAGAUAUUGCUAUGGUUCUUGAUAAUGGUCGUAAGCGUGGUAGACGCGCUCGUCCUUCCGCCCUUGGAAGACUACGAUCCAUUGGAGCCAUUAAUGAAAAGAGACACAUCCACGUCGCAGCACAGCAAUGCUCAAUUCGACAAUCGAUUGCCGCCCAUACUAAACCCCUCGGAUGUUACAGAAGAUCAGAGAUCUUUGCAUGUCCCGGGAGAAAUCCCGUCUUAUGUCAUCGAUCAUUGUCCCUUAGUUCAUCUGUAUAGCGAAGAGAAGUACUGGCCCUCGGAUAUUGCCGAGUUUGUGCAAAACUUCCAAAUCAAAGACAAACAUGGCAAUUUCAUACCUACUCAUGAAAACUUGACGCUGCAUGAUUUAAAGGCGGAAUACAGCGCAGACUUGCUGGCCAAUGGAACUGAGACCCGUAUUCCUAGUAGCGACGUGUUUUUGACAAGUUCGGAUGAUUUCGACAAAGAUCCCAAGUGGUUGCUGGGCCACCCGCCAGAAUACGGAACAGGCCACAACCCCAAGGCGCCUGCAGUCCUGUUCGUGGUCGACAAGGGUAACGGAUGGGUCGACGCAUUUUGGUUUUUCUUCUACCCGUUCAACCAUGGUCCCUUCAUCAUGGGCCAGGGUCCCUGGGGCAGUCACGUCGGUGACUGGGAACACUCUUUGGUCAGGUUUCACAAUGGUGUACCAAAGUACUUUUGGAUGAGCGCGCAUUCCAGUGGUACCGGCUACAGAUACGAAGCUGUUGAAAAAUUCAAGAAGCUGACCAAAAGAAAACAGCAAGAUGACAAAUUUGACGAGGACACCAUACUCCAAAGACCGCUGAUUUUUAGUGCGAGAGGCACUCAUGCCAAUUACGCUUCCGUCGGACAGCAUGCACACGACAUUCCCUUUUUUUUCAUGCCCUUGAGCGAUUUUACCGAUCGCGGGCCAUUGUGGGAUCCGUCUUUGAACUUUUAUUCCUACACUUUUGACGGUAAAACUGUGACCCCUUCCACAGAGAGAGAAGAAUCUCUGGGCUUAGAUUGGUUACAUUUCCAAGGAGGUUGGGGUAAUAAGCAACUACCCUCGAAGGAUCCAAGACAAAAAUGGUGUUUAGGUCAAUGGAAAUAUAUUGGAGGCCCCCGCGGGCCCCUAUUCAAGAAGAUGGAUAGAUUGAAUCUAUGUGGUGGGGUGAAAAAAUGGAAUUUUUGGAACGGCGGGUGCCCUGCUAGGAGAUUGAUCAAGAAAGCUGAGGGCUUAGACGCUGAAACGACAGAACUUAUGGGUGACAAUUGCGGUGUCUUGCUAUAUAAGAUUAGACCGCGGUGGCUAAGAGGCAUUCUCAGAAUCUUAAUGUGGAGAGGCAUGCUGUGCUCUCUUAUGGAGUUCUUCACCAAUUGA